AUUUAAAAUGGAGCUAAUGAACAAAAAGAGGGAGUUUAGUUGUCUCUUGCAUCCUCAUGAUGAUCAAGAACAAAUGCAACCUUCCCCCAAAAGAAUCAACUUCCUCUUUCUAUCUUGGUUUGUAGCUGAGAUUUCGUCUCCGAACUCGUUGGCCCAUUUUGAAACUUUUAUUCGACCCGUGGUACGUGAGGAGGUGGAGACAAAGGUGGUGGCUAAUAACCCCCGACAAGCAUGUUCUUUAAGAACUUCCCAACAUGAAGCUGAAUUCGUUGUCGGAGGUGGUGGGUCUAAAAUGGUGAAGCUGAAGCUAUGUUUCCUCAACAAGCUUCCCUCCACCAUUUUCACCUCCAACAACAUCGAAUCCGACAACGGCGAGCGACUACAAAUUGCACUAAUGGAUGUCACCGAUGAUUAUAAUCAUAAGAUUGUCGGGGCAGCACAUCCUUUGUCGUCACUCUUGGUCGAGGUGGUCGUGCUCAAUGGAGAAUUUGAUGGUGAAAGAACUCAAUGGAGUGUUCAAGAUUUUGAGAAAGGUAUUGUCACUCCAAGACCUGGAGGAGGGCCUUACCUCAAAAUUAAUGCUGAGAGGAUUCGUUUGAAAAAUGGACUUUUCUCGAUCAACAACUCCUUUAAUGUCAACUCUAAGAGGACGAGAACGGGAAGGUUUCGAUUGGGAGUAAAAGUCAUUGAUGAUGAGAUUUUGGGCAACAACAGCUACCCGAGAAUUAUAGAGGCUGUUUCUAACUCUUUUAGAGUCAGGGAGCGCAAAAGGCAAAGGUAAAGGCAAGACAUACAUGUACGAAUGACAGCGGCAUCGCGAGUAGAGAUUGUGAC